UUCUGGAAAACAGCAAUAAUUUACAUUUUGGUAGUAGGUUUAGCUGCUAUUUCGGAGAUCAUCACAUCUGAUCAUCAGACUACUUCAUCGAGUUCAUUCGGAUUUGAACUCGCAACUUCGGCGUUCAAAGCCAUUGGUCUCACCAAAUGAGCUAAGUUCGCCAUGAAGAAGUCUGAUAAGGAGAUAUUCAGCCCGAUCACUGAAUCCGACGUAAGUUCGAUUUUCGUAGGAUCUACGAAAUUGCGUUCACUGAAUCCAUCGUAAACAUGACUUUCGUAGAGUCUACGAAUUCUAAUUUCGAAAUUCGUAGACUGCUUUCACUGAACCCACUCGAAAUGUCAAAUCGAACAAAUUUUCUACGAGUUUUAUUUGGCGGGAGAAAAUUUAAAUAAGCAGAAAGUACAAGAAAAAGCAAAUCGAACCAAUACAAUGUAAGUAAAUUUGAUAAAAUUAACAAAUUUAGUAAAAAAAAAUUUCAAAAUGUUUUUUCACAGGUGUAAAAUUGUGACGACGCGACAACAGUAUUCCUGUUUGCUGGAAAUGCUGAAUGGGAAACCAGAUAUAGCACAAGGGUUUACUAGGUACUCAAAGGAGGAAGUGACUUCAUUUUGGGAAAACGUUGCAAAAGAACCGAAUAGUAUUGGGCCGCCUAUCAAAGAUGUGUCUACGUGGAAAAAAGUGUGGUGUGAUUGGAAGUGCUAUGUCAAACGCAAGCUCAUGGAAAAUAAAAGGGAGCAGACAGCUACGGGGGGCGGAAGAAAUCGGCAGCAUAGUUUUACAGAUUUGGAGGAGGGAGUGAUAAAGCGGGCAGCGUUACAAGUCUGCACCUCAGGCGGCAAAAAUACAGUUAGUGUCGGACUACCUGAAGAUCCUCAGGAAAAAGGCCCGGAAAACGAUGCUGAUGUGUCCAUGGUGUCGGAAGCUUGUAGUUCAUCACUGCCACUACGUACUUCCACUCCACAAAAACGAACGGACUCGGAAACAUUAAACGUACUGAGAGAGCAAGUACAGAUGCAAUAUGAAUUUUUUGGAGAAAGCAAAGAGCGUUUUAAACGUCAGGAAGAGAAGUUGGAGGAUAUUGCAUCAAGUGUCCGCCGAUUGUGUCGAUUAACAGAUAAGACGUACGAACUAAAAAAGUCUGAACUUGCUGAAAUGCGACGACAUAACCUUGCGUACUUAAACUUGGUUGCUGAAAAAAAUAGAAUAAAGCAAGAAAUGUUAGAAAUAGAGCUAAGAAAACUGUAUUUGUUAGAUAAAAAUAAAAAAAACUAAGUGUGAAUAAAAUAACUAA